GGAGGGCUGUGUGUGUUUUGGCGCCUGAGCAGAGCACGCCGGUUUGAUUUCGGGGAGCUGAAACAUGUCCUCCGCCUCCUCCUCCACUUCUCCUGAUACAGCAGCAGCAGCAGCGGCUGGAGGAGGAAUUCAGGGCUUUCUCCACAAGCUGCACUCUUUCCUGGGGGACACAGAGAGCAGGAACGCCGCUCUGAUAUGUCACGAUAUUAUCGGAGACCUGGUGCAGGAGUGCAUGAGCUCCAGGACCGAGAACGAGCUGGUUUUUCAGACUUCCUUGUUGUUUGCUAAGGAUGAAGGGCUGCUCAGCUUCCUCCGAAAGUCCUUGUCCAAUGAUGAGCUACGGGACGCCAGGGUGGACAUUUUUAACCUGUUGGGCACGUUCCUGCAGAAAAUGUCUGUUGGUGUUAAAGGAUGGGAGAAGAACUAUGCUGUUGAUUUGAAGGAUGUUUGUCUAGUUGUCUACACAAAGGAUAAGGCAGCAAAAUGUAGAGGGCCUGCUUUAGAGCUGCUAAUCAAGGUGCUGUAUGCAACGAAGGAUUCAAGCGUCUCCCAAGACUUCAAAAUUGGAGACAUGUUCAACAAAUUUUAUGGGGAGUUAAGCCAGAAGAAUAAGCUACCUGACACAGUGUUGGGUAAUAUUUAUGAACUUCUUGGUGUGUUGGGUGAGGUGCACCCCAGUGAGAUGGUGAACAAUUCAGACAAACUUUAUAAGGCCUACCUGGGAGAACUGAAGGGACAGAUGACCUCGAAUACCAAGGAGCCCAAGCUUCCUGUCGUCGCCGGUUGUCUGAGGGGAAUCACAGCACUGAUGGUGAACUUCACCAAAUCAAUGGAAGAAGACCCUGUUACCUCAAAGGACAUUUUUGAAUAUGCACUCAAGUCCAUCUGUCCACAGACUGAAAUGAAACGCUAUGCAGUCACCUUUGCUGGGCUUAAACUGUUUGCUAAGCACGCCGGACAGUUCAGCAGCUGCCUCAUGGACCACUACAGGACUGUGUUUGAUGUCAUGUCGAAACUAUGUGGACACAUAAACGCUGAGAUGAAGAAAACCAGCUAUUCUGCUUUAGAGUCUUUUCUUAAACAGGUUGCCUUUCUUGUGGCUGAGAAUGUUGAGAAGCACCAAAGCAAACUGAAGUUCUUCAUGCAGAAGUUUUGUUCCAUCAUCAGGACGAUGGACUCCAGUAACAAAGAACUCUCCAUUGCUAUCAGAGGAUAUGGAUUUUUUGCUGCUCCCUGUAAGGCGGUAUGUCCUCAGGAUGUAGACCUGAUGUACACUGAGCUUAUCCAACGCUGUAAGCAGAUGUACCUGACUGAGUCUGACCGGGACGAUGAUAACGUUUACCAGCUGCCUAGCUUCCUGGACUCCAUAGCUAGUGUUUUGGUCCAUCUGGACAGGGUUCCUGAAGUCUAUACAUCAGUGCUGGAGCGCCUCUUGGUGGUUCAAAUUGACACGUACCCUCAGUACAGCCAGAGAAUGCAGUACGCCACCUGCCGCUCCAUCAUCAAGGUGCUCAUGGCCAUGGCCGCCAAGGGUCCAGUCCUUUGGAGUUUCACCAGCUCUGUUGUACACCAAGGAUUGAUUCGAGUGUGUUCAAAACCAGUUGUUCAAGUUCAGGCUGGCACUGCUCAGGCUGGUGCCAGAGCUGAGGAUGAAUCGGGGCAAUCCUCCCUGGUGCGCUCUGGUAAAUGGAAGCUUCCAUCAUGCAAUGAUUAUCUGGAUCUCUUCAAAGUGCUUCUUGACUGUGAGAAUAUGAAGGACCCUGGACUUCUAGAUGGUUUUGUUGCAUCCACAAGCUACAGCCUGAAGGCUUUGAACAAGCUCCUGUAUGAUGCACUAGUGCAGUCCAUCAUGAAGAUUGUGGAGAAGCUUGAUCUUUCUGUGCAGAAAGUCAACGCAGAUGAUGAGGGACAAAGAGACCUGAGUGCCGGUCUUAUCCCCUCGUCAGACCCCACCACCAACCUGAUGCCUAAUAAACCCAAAGAUUUCACUGCUUUCAUCAAUCUGGUGGACUUCUGCAGCAAAUUGCUGCCUUUGAAGAACCCUGAGUAUUUUGCUCAGUGGAUGUACCCACUGUGUCAUGAGCUCAUCCUUCAGUCUAUACGCUUCCCUCUGGUCAGCGGCUUCUAUAAGCUUCUGGCACUCUGUAUGAACAUUGCCAAGAAGAUCAAAUACUUCCAGGAUGAAGGACCAAAAAGCACUAAUGAAGGCUCUCCAGCUGGACGAGCUUGUUUUGCACUUGUCUCAAAGUUUGGGAAGGAGGUGUGUGUCCGUAUUAAACAGUACAAAGACGAGCUUCUGGCUGCCUGUCUGACUUUUGUGCUUUCUCUCCACCCUGACAUGGUGGCUCUGGACAUUAAAGCUUACAUACCUGCACUACAGGCUGCUUUACGGCUUGGUCUGAGUCAUGCUCCUUUGGCCACUGCGGCGCUGGACGCUCUGGAGUCCUGGUCUUCCCACAUCCCCUUUCCCAUCAUACAGCCCCACUAUGCAGACAUACUGCCCCACUUGGACGGCUACCUCAAAACAGCUGCAAACACUGAUAAAGAUGAGGGCAGUAUGAACGUUACCUUUGUGUCAUCGGGCACUGCGAAGGGGUACGGCCAAGUAAUGAUGAGGCUUCUGAAGAAGUCCAGACACCUGCCUGUGGGGGACGAGUCUCCGAUUGCUGCAGUGCGACGGCGAGUGGUACAGCUUUUGGGUCAUCUUGGGGGGCAGCUCAACAGAAGCCUUGUUACAGCCAUUUCUGCAGAGGAUAUGAUGAAGCAAUUUGUUGCAUGGGACAGUGAGAAGAGGCUCAGUUUCGCUGUGCCAUUCAAGGAUAUUAAACCCGUCAUUUACCUCGAUCCUUUCCUGCCAAGAAUUACAGAGCUUGCUCUCUCUUCCAGUGACCGGCAAACCAAGGUUGCAGCGUGUGAGCUCCUCCACAGUGUGGUGGUGUAUAUGGUGGGGAAAGGAGUUCAGAUGACUGAAGGAGAAACAUCUACCCCACCCAUGUACAAUCUACACAAACGAGUCUUUCCUGUGCUUCUGCGCUUGGCGUGUGAUGUUGACCAGGUGGCAAGACAACUCUUUGAGCCUCUGGUGAUGCAGUUGAUCCACUGGUUCACCAACAACAAAAAGUUUGAAAGUCAAGACACAGUAGCUGUGCUGGAAGCCAUACUGCAUGGAGUGGUGGACCCACUGGACAGCACUUUAAGGGACUUCAGUGGCAGGUGCAUCCAGGAGUUUGUAAAGUGGUCGAUCAAACAGACCACCCCAAAGCAGCAGGAGAAGAGUCCGGCCAACAUGAAGUCCUUGUUCAAACGUAUCUACAGCCUGGCCCUGCAUCCCAAUGUGUUCAAGAGACUGGGAGCUGCACUGGCCUUCAACAGCAUCUACAGGCACUUCAGAGAGGAGAACUCUCUUGUGGAACAAUUUGUCUUUGAGGUGUUGGUGGUGUUUGUGGAGAGCUUGGCUUUGGCACAUUCUGAUGAAAAAUCUUUGGGAACGGUUCAACAGUGCUGUAGUGCCCUAGACCACCUUAAAAGGAUUAUCAAACACAAGGCAGACUCGCUUAACAAUAAGAGCACCAAGAGACGCAUACCCAGAGGUUUUCCUCCAGAGCAGCCAGUCUUACUUUGCGAUGUGGUCAUGUGGCUGCUGACCCAGUGUGGACGUCCUCAAACUGAGUGUCGCCAUAAGUGCAUGGAGCUCUUUUAUGAGUUUGUUCCACUUUUGCCAGGUAAACCUUCACCUGCACAGUGGCUGGAGGAACAGGUUAAAAAAGAAGGACAAAGGUUUCUAAUCACACGUUUGGAGGGAGCGGGCUUGCUGUCCCAGCCCACUCUGAGAGAGGUUGAAGCCCCAUUUAGUGUCAGAGCCGCCUUACAGUGGAUGGAUCUCCUGCUGGCUGCUCUCGACUGCUAUAACACAUUUACUGGCCUGCGCCUCAUCCAGCCUCAGAAAAUUCUUGAUUCUGGUGAGAAGUCCAGCUUCCUGCCUGCUGUUCGUUUCUUUCUGGCUGAACUGGCCGUGCAUGACCUGAAAGCAGCCUCGGCCUGUUUCAGAGUGUCAGACUCGGGUGUUUCUCCGCACUUCAGCCCUCGAGAGACUGAGCUCUACAGCUACAGCAAGUGUACAAUUAUUGUACGGCUGCUGGAGUUCUCCACCAUGGUGCUGCAGAAAUGCCAGCAGGACCUCUGGAAGCUGCUGGAACGGGACAUUUUCAAUGGCUCCUUCUUCACACUGGUUGCCCUAGCGGUGUGUGAACCUUCUUCUGUUGGUUUCAACAUGGCUGACCUGGAGGUGAUGACUCGACUGCCUGAAGUGUGUGUAACACUGCUGAAGGCCCUGGCAUCAACACCCUACAGGACCGAUCUGGAGAAAAGCAUUAGGAAGAAGAUAACUUCUCAGAGUGUGGAGGAGUUAUGUGCUGUAGAUCUCUAUGACCCAGACACGUGUGACAGCCAUGCCAAGCUUGAGCUGUUACUCUCUGCCUGCAAACAGCUUCACCAAUGUGGGCUUCUCAACUCCAUCUUACAUAACCAGGAUGCAGCUUACUGCCGCUCUUUAGGCUUCAAGCUUCUUAACGCAGUCUACAAAGGCAUUGCACCAGGAGAGGACAGGAAGUCCCUCCCCUCUAUGGAUGUUAGUAGCAGAAAAUUGGCUGAUGGUUUGGUGCAGUUGGCUUUCUCAUUGGGGGACCAGACUGAACAGCUGGUGGGCCUGCUGCUGAACUCUAUUACUCUCUCAGUGCCUCUGUCCGGCAGCCUGAACCCUCACUUCCUCAGCUUCUCCCAUGGAGAGUAUUUCUACAGCCUUUUCCAGACCACCGUUAACACAGAGCUUCUGUGCUGCUUAGAUCGCUCUGUACCCCUGCUGCUCACUGCAGCCACCCAGAGUCCCAACAUGGUUAGUAUCUUGCUCAAUGGCAUGUUGGACCACAGUUUCCGAGAGCGGUCUGUCAGGAAGACUCAAGGCUCUCGAUUGGCAGAGCAACUCCUGAAGGGGUGGGACUUUCUGAAACCAUGGUGGGGAAUCCCUGCCUCUUCACCAGAGAGCAAAACCUCGAUCCUUACAUUGCUUUCCAAAGUUCUGCAGAUUGACUCUUCAGUGUGUUCAGACAUCAACCACCCAGCAUUUACUGCAAUAUUUUCUACCUUCACCACUCUCAUCACUGAUACAGCUCUGCCCUUAAAUCUAAAGAGUCAGGCCCUGAUCAUCCUGCCCUUCUUUACCAAAUUACCCAGCGGCCCUCUGGAGGAGCUGCAGGGAGCUUUGAAUAGUCUAGUGGUCGCCCAUUUCCCCAUGCAGUCAGAUGAGUUCCCUCGAGGAUCGCUCCAGUGCAAUAAUUAUAUGGACUGCGUUCGUAAGUUUUUAGAUGCAUUGGAGCUGUCCCAGAGUCCUGUCUUGCUGAAGCUAAUGGCUAAAGUCCUGUGUCGGGACAAAAAGCACAUCAUGGAGGACAACUUUCAGACAUGCUUCCAGAGAAUUGCUCGACAGUCUACCUGUGAAGGGCAAGUUCUCCUGCUCUGCACCAUCUUUGAGAUGUUCCAGACCAAAGAUGUUCCCAUGAACUCCAUGCUCAUUGGCUUGCUGGACAGAGUGCUGAUCCCCCUGACCACUCACUGUAGUCCAAAAGCUCUGUCCCAGUUCUUUAUCACUAAUGUGGCCACCAUCAUGACCACUCUACAGGCUCGCUUCUCUAAAGUUGUAGAGUCUGCCUUUGAGAGCCAAAUCAUCACGAAGAUUGGCUGCUGUAAGCUGCUGGAGUUGCUUUACUCUCGUCUGCCUAAAGAGGAGGUCUACUCUAAAGACUCUGCAAUCAACCAGGCGUUCUGCGGCCCAGUCAAAGCAGAAGGAAACGAGCUGUCCAAGAACCUGCUCAAGUCGUGUUUUGAAGGGUUCACUGAGAACAUGGCAGGAGAGACUGCACUGUUGGAGCUGAGGAGGCAGUAUCAUUGCUCUGCCUACAACUGUGCCAUUGCCCUUAUUAGCUGUAGCUUUAAUGAAACCAAGUUCUAUCAGGGCUUUCUCUUCACCGAAAAAGCAGAGAAGAAUCAGUUCAUUUUUGAGAACCUUGUUGACACACAAAGAACAUACAGUUUUCCUAUAGAGAUUGAUGUUCCCAUUGAGAGAAAGAAGAAAUAUGUCAUGAUAAGAAAGGAAGUGAGUGGAGAAAAUGGAGAUGCACCAGUAUAUCUCUCCUCUCAGUCCUACAUGGCAGACAGUAGCCUCAGUGAGGAGAUGAGUCAGUUUGACUUCUCUACUGGAGUCCAGAGCUUUUCCUACAGCUCCCAAAAUCCCACAGGGCACCGUGGCGGUAGGGCAAGGGAACGUGUGGAGAUGGUGCCUCAGGAUGAAACUGUUGAAUUGGAGAUGGAUGAAUUGAACCAACAUGAGUGCAUGGCCACCAUGACUGCUCUGUUCCGCCACAUGCAGAGAAACAACAUCACCCCUAAAGUUGAGGAAGGUUCGACUCCCAGUGAUCUGCCCCCGUGGAUGAAGUUCCUGCAUGGGAAGCUGGCUAAUCCCUCCACACCUCUGAACAUUCGCCUGUUCAUUGCUAAACUCAUCAUUAAUACAGAAGAAAUGUUCCGUCCUUAUGCCAGGCACUGGCUGGGACCCCUUUUGCAGCUUGUGGUUUCUGGAAACAAUGGAGGAGAGGGUAUCCACUUUAUGGUGGUGGACAUUGUGGUCACUGUCCUCUCUUGGACCGGUGUAGCCACUCCAAAGGGAAACACCAGAGAUGAGGUCCUGGCCAAUCGUCUGAUAGAGUUUCUGAUGAAAAACUGCUUCCAUUCCAAGCGGGCUGUGUUCAGGCAUAAUCUGGAGAUUAUUCGUACCAUAGUGGAAUGCUGGAAAGAUUGUCUGCACAUCCCGUACAAUCUGAUAUUUGAGCGCUUUUCUGGAACUGAUGUCAACAGCAAAGACAACUCUGUUGGGUUGCAGCUCUUGGGUAUUGUGCUGGCCAAUCACCUUUCCCCUUAUGAUGCUGCCUGUGGCAUUGACCAUGACAGGUAUUUCCAGUCUCUUGCAAGCAACCUGUCCUUCAUCAGAUACAAGGAAAUCUACUCUGCUGCAGCGGAGAUCAUUGGGUUAACCCUAAACUACAUGAAAGACAGGGAAGACCAAAACCAGGCUCCGUUGUUAAACGCAACGGUUACAAAGCUGACGGAUUUAAAGAAGAAAGACCUGAGUGACAAAUUUGUCAUUUGUUUGAGCAAAGUGUCCAGACACUUCCCACCUCUGGUAUCUCAAUUUGUAAACACUGCUUUUUACCUGCUGCCGAAGCUGCAUGGAAUAUUGAAGACUCACUGUCUGGAGUGCGUCCUCAGCUGCGCUGACUCUAUCCCUGAUAUCUUCAUGCACCUCAAGACCAAGGGCUUUGUUCAGAUUAUGGCUCACAGAGACGAGGCCAGGCAGCGAGUGUGUCUGGAUAUUGUGCAUAAAAUCCUGGCUGUUCUGAAGCCUGAGGAGCUGAAGGAGUUUCUGGGGACAGUCUGUGCCUUUGUCUCUCAUCCGUCCCCCGUGUGCAGGGAAAGGAUGUAUGACAUCCUGAUGUGGAUCCAGGACAACUACAGUGAUGCUGAGAGCAGAGAGGACAGUACAUCCGUUGAGGUGCUCAACACGGCCAAAGAUACACUCCUUCAAGGGCUGACAGAUGAAAACCAGGGCUUACAGUUGUACGUUCGUAACUUCUGGAGUCAUGAGAAGCGCUUGCCUCCUGCCACACUGGAGCGGAUGCUGAUGGUGCUGGGUUCUUUGUACUCAGCCCGCAUUGAGGAGCGCUUCUUAAGUCUGGCUACAGAUUUACUCCUGGAAAUGACCAGCCAGAGUCCUGACUACACUCGUGAUAUGUUUGAGUUCCCACUCUCUGAAUGCAAGUUUCAGGACUACACAAUCGACUCCAACUGGAGGUUGAGGAGCACAGUUCUCACACCUAUGUUCAUGGAGACUCAGGCAACCCAGGCUACAGGCACUCAGGGUGCAGACAGCGCAAAGUCACAGGCCGGCAGCAUGAAGGGCCAAAUCAGAGCCACUCAGGCCUCUCUGGAGUUUUCCCAGACUCAGGCUCCUGGUGCAGGUCGUCGUUCAGCAUAUAACUGGUUGACGGGCAGCAGCGUGGACACUUUGGCCGAUUAUUCUCUAUCUUCGGACUCUCUGUCCUCCCUGCUGGUAUUUGAGAAGAAGAGAGCCGAGAGGCCCCAAAGCUUCCGAGCCGUCGGCCCUGGCUUCGGCUCCAGACGUCUCGCCGCACCCACUGACGAGACAGACAGCCGCAGUGCAGCUGAUCGGGAAAAGCGAGCUGACAUCCUGCGACUGAGAAGAAGGUUCUUAAAGGACAAAGAGAAAGAGAGCGUAAAGUUUGCCAAAAGAGAGAUUCAGUCCCAACAGAUCCAAAGGGAAAAAAGGGCAGACCAGAAGAUACAACGAGAAGCUCAAGUGACCAUGUACCGUAGCUACAGGGUGGGAGACCUGCCAGACAUUCAGAUCCAGCACAGCAGUCUAAUUGCUCCUUUACAGGCUCUGGCACAAAGAGAUGCCACUCUGGCCAAGCAGCUGUUCAGCUCCCUGUUUGCUGGUGUCCUUGUUGAAAUGGAGGGAUCCAAGUCAUCUAGAGAGAGGGAGGGAGUUCUGAAAAACCUGCUGCAGAAUAUGAAUGACUAUCUGCACAAGAGUACUACGUACUUCCCACCUUUUAUUUCUUGUGUGCAGGACAUGUGCUACCAUAACAGGGCUCUACUGGAGCUUCAUCCAGCCAGUGUCAGUGCCAGCUGUCUGGCGAGCCUCCAGCAGCCCAUGGGCAUUCUGCUCCUAGAGGAGAGUCUCCUGCACUCCAGCAGUGUGCCUGAUGAACCUCCUUCCAAACGGGCACGGGGCAAGAGAGAGCUGCCCCCAGACACAGAGCGCUGGAUUCAUCUAGCCAAGUUGUAUAGAUCUUUGGGGGAUUAUGAUGUUGUCAGGGGCAUCUUUGGAGGGAAGAUUGGCACAAAGCCCAUUACAUGCUCUGCGCUGCAGGCAGAGGCAAAAAGUGACUACGCUGAGGCUGUGAAGCUCUAUAAUGAGGCAUUGAACAUUGAAGAGUGGAUGGAUGGAGAGCCAACUGAUACAGAGAAGGACUUCUGGGAGACAGCAGCUCUGGAAGCCUACAAUCACCUGACAGAGUGGAAGUCUCUGCAGUACUGUGCUACAGUCAAUAUAGAUGACAGCACCCCUGUGAAUCUGGAGAAGAUGUGGGAUGACCCCUUUUAUCAGGAAACAUACCUGCAGUACAUGAUGCGCAGCAUGCUGAAGCAGCUGCAGUUGGGCGAGAGGGACCAGGCUCUGCUGAGCUUUGUGGAUGCUGCCAUGAAGGUGGAGGGACGCAAACUGGUGAUGGAGACUCACUACAGUCAGGAGCUGAGUCUACUGUACAUCCUUCAAGAAGAUUAUGACCGGGCUAAAUACUAUGCAAACAACUGCAUGCAGGUCUUCAUGCAGAACUAUUCCAGUAUUGAUCCUCUACUGAAUCGCAGCCGACUGUCUGUGCUCCAGUCAGUCCAGGCUCUGACUGAGAUCCAGGACUUCCUGCAUUUCAUCACAGGGGAGGUUUCAGUGUGCUCCCUGAAACGUGUGAUCAAAAGAUGGACCAGUCACUAUCCUGAUGCUAAAAUCGAUCCAAUGAAUGUGUGGGAUGACAUCAUUACCUCUCGUUGUUUCUUUCUGGAUAAGAUCUUGGAGAAGUUGAACUCUUCUCCUGCUAACAGUAUGGAAGUGGAUGGAGCUGAGCAAGACAGCACAGAAGCGAUAGGGUCACUGGUGAAGCAAUGCAAGUUUAAUAUGAAACUGAGGAUGGCAGACAGUGCUUGGAAACAGAACAACUUCUCUGUGGCAACAAAGGUGUUGAAAGAGCUUCACCGGGAGGCGAAGACUGAGAAAGCUUGGCUGCAGCGUUGGGUUCACUGCUUUACUCAUUUUACUCAAAGAAGGAGCCAAAGUAUCGGCCCAGCAGAGCAGAUCAGCUCCCUGCUCAAGACUGUACCACUGCUUGAGGAGAUUGAGAGGCAGAGUGAAGGAUCUGUGGGGAGUGUUUUUAGAGACCAAAAAAUCCUGCUGGGCACCACCUUCGACCUUCUGGCUGGUGCUGUGGCUCGCAGUCCCUCUGCUCUGGAGACUCUCGGACAAGAGAAGGCACAAAGAGUUCAGGAACUUUCCGGAGGCUCUUCAACUAACCAGGUGGUGGAGGGGCUGCGGAUGCGUGCUCUGGAGUUGCUGCACAGUGCUGCUCGCAGGGCAGAGGAAGAAGAGCAGUCAUUCAGCCGCAAGCAUGCCGACACACUCGGCAUUGUGGAGGCCUACAUGACUCUCGCCAAUUUUUGUGACCACAGACUGAGGGAAGAUGAACAAAAAGGGGAGGUGAGCAGCUCACAACAGCUCCAGACCUUACCUGCACAUGUGGUGAAGAUGAUGCUGAAAGCGCUAAAGCUUGGCUCUGAAGAAGCCAGACUCAGGUUCCCUCGUCUACUGCAGCUGGUUGAGCUCUACUCUAAAGAGACCCUGGACCUGAUGGCAAGAGAGGUGGUAAGUGUACCUUGCUGGCAGCUGAUUGGCUGGAUUAGUCAGAUGAUGGCCCUGUUGGAUAAGCCAGAAGCAGUGGCGGUGCAGCAUGUACUUGAGGAGAUUGCAGAGUGCUACCCACAAGCCCUCGUCUACCCGUUCAUGAUCAGCAGUGAGAGCUACACCUUUGAAGAGUCUGCUAGUGGUCACAGGAACCAGGAGUUUGUGGAGAAGCUAAAGUCAACAUUGGAUAAAGGGGGAGUCAUUAAAGAGUUUGUUGAUGCUCUUCAGCAGCUCACUAACCCUGAAAUGCUCUUCAAGGAUUGGUUGGAUGAAGUCCAGAAUCAGCUGGAAAAACCAAGUGUGGACAAAAAGGUGUUGAGGGACCUCUAUGGAGAGAUGAGUGCCUCGCUCUGUGAUUCAAAAGCCCCGGGGUUUGGAUCAUUCCGGAAGAAAUUUGUUCAGAGAUUCUCCAAAGAAGUGGAGAAGCUUUUUGGUCCUGGUGGCUCAAAGCUGUAUGAGAAGCGAAAGGAUAAGGAGUACCUUAAGAAAGUGGAUGAGCUGGCUAAGUCCAUGAGAGGCUUUCAGAAAGAGCCGGGGAACCUGAAGGAGUAUUCGCCAUGGCUCAGCAACUUCAGAGUGGAGACGCUGAGAAGUGAGCUGGAGGUUCCGGGACAAUAUGAUGGUAGAUCAAAACCGCUGCCAGAGUACCAUGCUAAAAUCACAGGAUUUGAUGAGAGGGUAAAGGUAAUGACUUCCAUUCGCCGUCCGAAGCGUCUGAUCGUUCGCGGUGAUGAUGAGAAGGACCAUCCAUUCCUAGUGAAAGGAGGAGAAGAUCUUCGGCAGGACCAGCGCAUUGAGCAGCUCUUUGGCGUUAUGAACAUCAUCCUCAGCCAGGAUGCGGCCUGUUCUCAGCGCAGCCUGAUGCUGCGCACCUACCAAGUUAUUCCAAUGACCAGCAGGAUUGGACUGAUAGAGUGGAUGGAGAAUACCUGCACAUUAAAAGACUUCUUAGCCAGCAGAAGAACUGAGAAAGAGCAGAAGACCAUCACACGGCCUAAUGAGAUAUACGAUGCCUGGAUAAGUAAAGCUGCUGGGAAAUCUGAGGGAAUAAUGCGAUACGCUGAAGUAUACAGGAAGGCCAACCGCACAGACACUGUAAAUAACUUCAAGAAGAUUGAGCAGACUGUGCCAGAGGAUCUGCUGAGGCGAGCCUUUGUAAGGAUGAGCACUACCCCGGAGGCGUUCCUCUCACUGCGCUCUCACUUCGCCAGCUCCCACGCCCUGCUCUGUAUCAGUCAGUGGGUGCUCGGCAUUGGAGAUCGCCAUCUCUCCAACUUCAUGAUCAACACGGAGACAGGAGGCAUGAUUGGCAUCGACUUUGGCCAUGCGUUUGGAUCAGCCACGCAGUUUCUGCCAGUGCCGGAGCUGAUGCCCUUCCGGCUCACACGACAGUUUGUGAAUCUCAUGAGGCCGAUGGCAGAGUCUGGUUUGAUCCGUAGUGUGAUGGUGCACUCUCUCCGAGCUUACAGAGACGACCCUGAGCUGCUGCUCAACACCAUGGACGUGUUCGUAAAAGAGCCUUCACUGGACUGGAAGAACUUUGCAGUGAAACAGCUUAAGAAAGGAGGUACCUGGACUGAAAGUGUGGAUACUCAAGAGAUCAACUGGUACCCACUACAGAAAGUCAACUUUGCCCGUAGAAAGUUAGAGGGAGCCAAUCCUGCAGUGAUUACAAGUGAGGAGCUGCGUCUCGGCUUUGAAAAAGCAGCUGCGUUUAAGGGCAUGCUGGCCGUGGCUCGAGGGAGUGAGGAACACAACAUACGUGCUCGACUAGGAGAGAAAGAUCUGAGCGUGGAACACCAGGUGGACUGCCUUAUUGAUCAAGCAACUGAUGCCAACCUACUGGGCAGGGUGUGGGUAGGCUGGGAACCCUGGAUGUAAGGGUAUAGAUCU